AUAUGAAAAAUCCCAUGUCACGGUUGUCACCUAACAACCCCUAGGUUAACCAAUGCAUAUAAUAGCUUCUCACUUCGGAUUUUUCACCAACAUUCCUCAUAUUUGUUGGUGAAGUAAAGAAUAUGGAGUGUCAAAUAUGCAUACCUUUGAACCAAAAACAUAUCCUGAAAGCAAGAAAUCUGCAAUGCCGAGGAGAACUGAAGUUGAUUCUCUAUGCAGCACUUGCUGUUCUCAUGCUAUCCUGUUAUGCAGAGGCAUAUGAUCCAUUAGAUCCAAAUGGGAACAUAACAAUCAAAUGGGAUAUAGUGUCUUGGACUCCUGAUGGUUAUGUGGCAGUAGUCACAAUGAACAACUUCCAAAUGUACCGGCAUAUAAUGACCCCUGGGUGGACAUUAUCAUGGAUGUGGUCGAAGAAAGAAGUAAUAUGGUCAAUGGUGGGAGCACAGACCACUGAACAAGGGGACUGCUCCAAGUUUAAGGGUAAUGUACCUCACUGCUGUAAGAAGACCCCAACAGUAGUUGACUUGCUUCCUGGGGUACCCUACAACCAGCAGAUUGCGAAUUGUUGCAAGGGUGGAGUUGUCGCUGCAUGGGGACAGGAUCCUACUGCUGCAGUCUCUGCCUUCCAGGUCAGCGUUGGGUUGGCUGGCACGUCAAACAAGACUGUGAAGCUGCCUCGGAAUUUCAGCUUGCUUGGACCUGGACCUGGCUAUACUUGUGGCCCGGCUAAAAUAGUUCCUUCCACAGUUUUCCUCACCCCUGAUCUCCGAAGGAAAACUCAGGCUCUCAUGACAUGGAAUGUAACAUGCACUUAUUCGCAGUUUCUGGCUUCAAAACACCCAGCAUGUUGUGUAUCCUUCUCAUCUUUCUACAACGAGACAAUCGUUCCUUGUGCAUCUUGUUCUUGCGGUUGCCACAACAAAGGAAGCUGUAUCAGGAGCAACUCAAAGAAAUCACAGUUGGAAGGAAUAAAUACACCAACGAAGGAUAACACGCCUCUUUUACAAUGUACACAUCAUAUGUGUCCUAUUCGAGUCCACUGGCAUGUCAAGAUCAACUACAAGGAAUACUGGCGUGCAAAGAUAUCUGUUACUAAUUUCAAUUAUCGCUUAAACUAUACUCAAUGGACGUUGGUGGUUCAGCAUCCUAAUCUUAACAAUGUCACCCAAGUUUUCAGCUUCGACUAUAAACCUAUAGUACCUUAUCAAUCAGUCAAUGAUACUGGUAUGUUCUAUGGUACGAAGUUUUACAAUGAUCUUUUAAUGGAAGCUGGACCCGAUGGGAAUGUUCAGUCUGAAGUGCUUCUAAGGAAAGACGAAAACACAUUCACCUUUAAACAAGGAUGGGCAUUUCCCAGGAAAGUUUACUUCAAUGGAGAUGAAUGCAAACUUCCACCACCAGAUGCAUAUCCUUCUCUUCCAAAUUCCGCCACUAUGAUUUCAGUUGCUUACUUACUGGUACCUGCUACUUUUGCAUUACUGCUUCUUCUUAAUUAGGUAAUGUUUUUUCCCUAUGAAUACUAGUUUUCAAAAUCACAAGUUCAUCAUAGGAAUGUUGCUUGUGAAGUUUUUGAGUUAAUUGUGCAUUGAGAUAUCUUUUUAUUUUCACAUUCUAUCAUACUGCUGUAUUUCUGUAAGGAUGAGCUAUGAGGACGGUAACAAAUCUCGAAUGCAACACAAGGGUUACAACAAGCAACUCUAUAUAUAACACUUGCAUUUCC